UAUUGUUGAUAUUCUAUGUUGAACCAGAUUUAUGUCUUUUUCCCGACUGAUGUAAAGGUUGGUAUGAAACACGUAAAGAAAUAUGUUGAGUUGAUGAAGGCAGAUAAUGUUCUGCGAGCAAUAUUAGUAGUUCAGCAAAAUUUGACUCCAUUUGCAAGAUCAUACGUUGCAGAACUUACUCCAAUAAUUCAUUUGGAGGUUUUUCAGGAGGCUGAGCUGCUGGUAAACAUUAAAGACCACGUUCUUGUGCCAGAGCACCAGGUGCUUACAAGUGAGGAAAAGAAAACUUUGUUGGAGCGUUAUACUUUGAAAGAAACUCAGCUCCCAAGAAUUCAAGUCAUAGAUCCAAUUGCAAGAUAUUACGGCCUCAAACGGAGUCAAGUUGUGAAGAUCAUCAGACCCAGUGAAACUGCAGGAAGAUAUGUCACUUAUCGAUAUGUUGUAUGACUUCUGAUUUUUUUUUUAAUCUCAAUUAAAUCAUAUUCGGAUAGAUUUUUAUAUAUCUUAACAUUACAGAACCCUCGGGACCUAUCAUCUGACCUUGUAUUGUAAGUAUGCUUGAAUUAUGUUUAUAUUGAAGAUUUCGAACUAUUUCAAGUUUUCUUUUAA